GCAAUCAUUGCAAUCUGCUGCUGGCUGGGGCCGCCAUGUUUGUUUUUGUGUGGUGUUUGUGCUUUGUGGUGUUGGAUUAUAAAUGAUAAGAAAACACUGAGUGUUCAUUGUUUUGUUGUGGUUUUGCUAAAAACUAACUAUUUAUUUAAGUGGCAAUGGUGUUCUUUGCAAAUACAAUGUUGAAUUUGUCUCAAAUGCCAGACAACCUUAGAACUUGGCUUUGUUCUUAUGUUUGGUAGGGGAGUCGGGAGGUCAUAAACCCCUAGAUUGUACUUUUGUGUAACCCUAUCUGUGUGGGUCAAGGUAGACCCUGGGCAAUUUUCACUCGCGUAUUUUUUAUUUAUAGAGCUGGCGGGCAACUUGCCUGCAAAUCCAGAGGUCGCCGAAGACCCUGGAAUGUUGGAUAUUUGGGGGGGUGAAGAAAAUGACAUUAAUGAUAAUCUGUCAUUUGAAGAUUCUGAUAGGUUUGAAGAAGAUUCUCUUUGUAGUUGGAGUAGUGAACCUGAAUCAGUGUGUAACAACUGGAGAGGAUGGAAGAAGCCUUCCUUAAGCUCAACUACUGUUUAUGGACCAUCAAAGAAAGCUUCAGAUGAUACUGACCGAGUUUCACCGCUGUGUGAGCUCACCGCACGCUGUGUUGCGUCUCACAUCCCGUUCGAGCUGGUGGAGCAUGUGUACCCUCCAGUGCCGGAACAGCUGCAGCUGCGUAUCGCUUAUUGGAGUUUCCCUGACAAUGAGGAAGACAUUCGCCUCUACUCUUGUCUCGCCAACUCUAGCUCUGAUGAGUUCCAGAGAGGAGAACACCUUUAUCGCUCCCGCGCUGUCAAAGACCCCUUGCAAAUUGGCUUUCACCUCAGUGCAAGUGUGUCGGCCAGUAUAAGCACGUACAAUGUAGCUGUAACAUUUGACCGCAGACGCAUUACCUCAUGCAACUGUACCUGCAACUCUACUGCUUACUGGUGUUCACACAUUGUUGCAGUAUGUCUACACAGGAUUCAUCAGCCAACACAAGUGUGUCUGCGAGCACCAGUGAGUGAGUCGCUGUCUAGACUACAGAGGGAUCAGUUGCAGAAGUUUGCUCAGUACCUCAUCAGUGAACUGCCCCAGCAGAUACUGCCCACUGCUCAGAGACUACUAGACGAGCUCCUCUCAUCUCAGCCCUCCGCCAUCAACUCUGUAUGUGGAGCUCCAGAUCCCACGGCUGGUGCCUCAGCAAACGAACAAACUUCAUGGUACCUAGAUGAAAAGACACUUCAUGACAACAUCAAGAAAAUACUCAUCAAAUUCUGUGUGCCUGCUCCUAUAGUAUUCAGUGAUGUAAACUAUCUGAGCAACACUGCGCCUCCCGCAGCGGCAGAAUGGACCAGCCUGCUGCGACCACUGCGGGGACGAGAGCCGGAGGGGAUGUGGAACUUGCUCUCCAUAGUGAGGGAGAUGUUCAAACGCAACGAUCGCAACGCACUGCCUCUCCUAGAGAUUAUUACCGAGGAGUGUAUGGCUUGUGAGCAGAUCCUGGUGUGGUGGUUCUAUACUAAGGUGGCGCUGCACGCUGGCUACAGUGGAGGUGGAGGAGGCAAGCAUGGUUCUGUGACCAGCAACAGUCAAGCGUCACAACACGCCUGCAGCUCUCUAUGUGAUGAGAUAGUAGUGUUGUGGCGGCUGGCCGCUCUCAACCCUGCCAUCUCACCAGCACAGCGCAACCUGCUGCGCAACCAGUUCAGGGACUGGCAUCUCAAGGUUAUCGAAAAGGUAACAAAGCGAGAGAGUCUGGGAGUGAGGCAGAGUGGUCACAGCCACAACAAGCUGAACCCCCUGGAGGUGUUCUCAGGGUUCAAACCAGCCGUCGAGGCCUGCUUCCUGAACUGGGACGACUACCCUAUACCUGGCAUCACAUACACCAGCCAGUCCUGGCUCUAUCAGAACCAAUCCUUCACCUGCUUCCGUCACAAUGAGCCACCACGUACUGGCAACGAACAUCCCAACAUUAACCCCGUGAACUCGUCACAGGUAGUGCUGGACCACCACCAGAGAUCACAUCAUCAUUACCACUACCACAACCUUCAUCUGCACCACACCAAUGGUAACAACAAACGGCUGGCCCGCAACACCAGUGGUACUAACCGGCAAGACAGACACAACCAGAUGUACCGACUAAACUUGCUGACCUACAUGACCCACUCCCAGAGGCAGCAGCAGAUGGUGGUUGGAGGCAAUCACAGCUCUGUGUCCAGCGAAGGCUUCUGUGACGGAGAUGUGGCCCCGCGCCAGGAACACGAGGAGACUGACUCUCAGGGUGGAGGAGGCAGUGACUCAUCAUGGAGCAGUGGUCGGGAAGGAGAAGUAGAACCUGAGGGAGAGACAGUGACUCCCGCAAAGUUCAUGGGCUAUAGUGGAGAUGACAGUGACUCCUCACCCCCUGCACCCCGCCCCCCUCCACAUCCCUCACCACCUCGCCGUCUCAGUAAAGAUGACUCCCUUAGUUCCAGCAACUCCGACUGGCAGCCUAGUGGGGAUGAGUUCAACGUCUAUUACUAUGACCCUAAGGCUCUGGAGAACAGUGGUGCUGGUGCUAACAAUGCUAAUGGAGGAGAAGCCAACAACGGCCAGCCUGCCGCUGCUGCGGACAACAAGCCUGCCGAACAGGCCGGCCCCAACACGAAGGAGUCACCAGCGGUUACUGCUCAGAAUGUGUUACAAAACAUUCAAGGCCUGGAGGACCCCUGGGAGAUUCUUUUUGCCAGAGCGGAAGGACUGCAUGCUCAUGGCCAUGUGCGAGAGGCGUGCACUUUAGGUGUGCGACUGGCAGAGGAAAUGUUGGCUAACCCACCAGACCUCAUGAUAGAUAUACCUCCCAUACAAGCCAAGGGGAAGCGGAAGAAGGUCAACCCAGCAUCACACCAGCUAAGUGUGAUAGCCUCCAACACCUUGGCUAAGUGUGGUUUCUUGUGUCAAGUUCUGGCAGAGAAUGCAGACUACUUCCACUUGGCAUUCAAAGUUGGUUUGUUUGGACUGGAGCUUGCCCGGCCCCCUGCCAGCACCAAACCCCUCGAGGUGAAACUAGCCAAUCAAGAGUCAGAGCUGGUGACACUUCUAAAGCGUAUUCCCCUGGGAGACCAAGAACUGGCGAUGAUCAGAGAGCGAGCUCAUCAGCUGCGUGAAGGAACACUCAAGUCUCGUGGAGAAGCCUUGCUGCCUAUCAACCUGGCUGGUUACAUACUGGACGCUCUCAUAAACACCUCAGUGAACCGAGAAUGCAGAUGUCAGUUGAUUAACCCAAACUUGAGACUGCCAGGGGAUGAAAUGCUUGGGUUUGAGGCUGCAGUGGCCGCGCUUGGUCUCAAGGCCAAUGUGUCAGAGGCCGACCACCCGCUGUUGUGUGAGGGCACCCGUCGUCAGCGAGGUGACCUGGCCAUCACACUACUGGUGUUGUACAAGGACGACCCUCAUAAGUUGGCCCGCAUCAUGGACAAGCUGCUUGACAGGGAGGUGCAUCAGCUGAUUAAGUCUCCGGUACCGUACAGCUACUACAGCAGCAACCCCCCAGUGCGCAGUCAGUUCAUGCCACCUGCCCGUGGUGGACUGGUGCAGAGGAAAGACCUGGAUAUGCUGCCUCCACCUCAGCAGCACCCUCACCCACACUCCCUCCCACACCAACACCCGCACCCACAUCAGCAUCAACACCAGCACCCGCCAGAUAUGAUGAUGGACACAUCAGCUAUGAAUGGCGCAAGUAGUCGACCACAAAGCUGUACAAGUGCUGAGUUUGAACAAGGGUUGGCCAACUUGUCUCUGAACAGUCCUGGGACUUCACAUGUCACUCCCCCCCUCGGACUGUCCAACCCCAUCAACCCCUCUGCCACAAGGCCCAAGGAGACCUCAUCCAGGUUCAAAGGUAAACGAGCGUAUCCGUCUAUCCCCAACCAGCCGUCAGAGGCAGGUGCUCACUUCACCUUUGAGUUGGCCAAGACUGUGUUGUCGAAGGCCGGUGGCACCAGUUCCACCUCUCUGUUCACUCAAGCCUCAACCUCACAGAAUCACCAUGGACCUCAUCGUGCUCUACAUAUGUGUGCCUUCCAGCUGGGACUGUACGCCCUGGGGCUGCACAACUGUGUGUCGCCCAACUGGCUCAGUCGCACCUACUCAUCCCACGUCUCCUGGAUCACAGGUCAAGCGAUGGAGAUAGGCGCACCAGCCAUCACAUUCCUGAUGGACACAUGGGAAGGUCAUCUGACGCCCCCGGAGGCAGUGAGUAUAGCUGACCGAGCGUCCCGAGGGUGUGACCCUAACAUGGUGGCAGCAGCAGCACAGCUGGCUCUGUCCUGCCUACCUCAUGCACAUGCACUCAACCCCAACGAGAUCCAAAGAGCUAUACUACAGUGCAAGGAGCAGAGUGAUCUAAUGUUAGAGCACUCAUGCUUGACAGUAGAGAGUGCAGCCAAGGGAGGUGGGGUGUACCCUGAAGUGCUGUUCCAAGUGGCCAAAUAUUGGUACGAACUCUUCAUGCGGCAUUCACCAGGAAACGGUGAGGUAUACAUGGAGACAGAGCCAUGUCCUCAGCAGAAUGUCGGGGAGGAGCCAAUGGCCCCGUCUGGAGGUGAGGUGAUGGUUGUGGGGGAACCUCCUCCACCUCCACCUCCACCAUACCACGCCCCACCAUUGGCUACCAUCACCCCAUACACGCUGGCACCCUUUGGCUUCACUGUGCAGCCCUUGCCUGCUCACUUCCAGCUGGCAAGGCACCCCCAUCUGGCUCAUCAGGUGUACCAUCUCAGUCCGCCCACCUUCCAGUAUCCUCCACACGCUGCUAACAGCCAGCCUGCGUACGCCAGUAUCACGCAGCCUCCCAUGCAGUAUUAUGGUGUUCGAUCACAUGGUGCAGUACCUCACCACGUGUUCCCCAUAGCAGCCACCAUGCAGCCUGGCACUAUAGCACAGGCUCAGAUAGUGUUGACACAGGCUCCUACUACACAGUGUGUCACUCAGGCUGUACCCAGUCCUCACCAGUUGUCCUUGCCUAGGCCUCAGCCCCAGCAACAGGUACACAGACCAGGUCAGCAGUACAGUCAGACACAACUGAGGUAUCUACUGGCUGCCUAUCGUGUGGGCAUGUUGGCCCUGGACACCUUGUCUCGCAGAGUACAUGACGACAGACCCCAGGCCAAAUACGCUCGUAACCCACCGUACGGAGAAGACGUCAAGUGGCUUCUCAGAGUUUCCAAAAAAUUGGGGACUCAGUACUUGCACCAGUUGUGCAUGUGUGCAGUGAACAGCAUUGUGUCACCGUUUGUGCUCCAUGACAUGGCUGUGGAGGCAGCUCACUACCUCAGUCCAGAGAAUCACUACUGUAACAACCCAGGGCUGGUGAUGCAACACUUGCGCUCCACCCUUACACCUCUGGUCCACAAGUGUCAGCAAAUGUACAUCCAAUGUAUGCAUCAGAAGUUAUAUCAUCUAUCACCAGCUGAUCAUGAGGACUUUGUAAACAUUGUGUGUUCAGCCCGAGCAGCCUUCCAGAUUACACCAGAAGGAAAUGCUCAGUUCAAGGAGUGGUUACAGUCUAUACGCAGGUCCAAAUCAUGCAAAAAGGAUCUUUGGACCCAGAUAAACUCAGCUCUACAAGCUAACAGCAAAUGACAAAGGUCCGAGUUAGGUACUCUUCAUUGUAUCGACGGAAACUGGGUUUCGCCGGCAGAAUCACCCAACCCGUGGACUAGUUAGACAUCACACGAGCUGAAAUAUCACCAAUACUAGCUUUUAGUUUUUCCCCACUACAGUAGUGCAGGCGCACCCUCAAAUCUGCUCAUUUUUUUCCGUUGUGCCUUUACUAUUGUGUGUUAAAAUUGGCACAUACUUGAAUAUUUCGGGAACAAAAAAGUUAAUUGUAAAAGGAAAUAUUUUUAUUUAUAAUUUUAAAGUUUAAUUUUUUUACAUAUAAAUUCUUAACUAAGUUUUAUAAAUUUUAAUUUAAUCCAAAUUUACAUAUUUAUUUUAUUUAACAACAAACUUAAUAUGUUGUGUUGUUUGCCAAAUUCAUUAUUUUAUUUGGUUUAUUUUGAUAUUUUACUGUAGUUCAAAAUAUAUGGUUGUGAAAUCAACAUUGUUAAUUUUAUGUCAAACAGAAUGAUUUCUUAAUGAGUUAUAUUUAUGUUUUAACAAAUUGAUGAUUGAAACACAACAGAUAGGAUGUAAGAUGUAUAUCUAGGAUCAACCGAAAGUCUAUGAAGUUGCAUAUUUCAGCUCAGUAGUUAGGUUCAACUUACUUUUGCUCAUCUCUUACUUUAACUCUUCUCUUCUGUUACAUAUUGAGCUCAGGAAGCUUAUUGUCAUGUUUUGCAACUCUAUUUUACCGUGGAGCUAUGGUUAUUGAGUGCAUCGAGCACUGUAUUUUCUCAAUAAAGCUUUUUGUAUGAAGUUUAUGGCACUUUUGCCCUCUUCUUGCAGGGGCUGGUAUUUAGCUGAAUAGAAUAUAGCAUACAGUACUUAUUUUUGAACUGUCUAGUAUAUUUCAGUUUGUGGGGUAUGUGGUAUCGUGUAAAGUUAUGUUCUAAAAAAAUUUUAAAAAAAUGGAUUCAUAGUGUUGAUGGUGUUUUUCAAGUGAAAAUUUUCUUUGAACAAAAUUACCCGCUGAUAUUCAAGCCAGAAGUAAUAUGGAUUGCUUUUAAUGAAAUACCAAUUGUAACAAAGGUUGAGAAAAUACAGUCAAAUAGUUAAAAGAAAUGAGAGCAAGUCUGAAAUAGUUUCAUUGUCUUUGUCAAAUACGUUAUUAGUAAAUAUACUCUUUUAUUAUUAAUAUAUUUAGUUUUUAUAAAUCGUGCAGUAGAUUUUUUAAUUACUAUCGUCACUCUAGGCUAUCAAUGAACGAUAUCUGUUAUGUCAACGAUAGAUCACUAAGUAUUCACUCUAAUAAAACCUAAAUCUGGGACUGAUAAAGAGCAGAUAACUAUUAUGGUUAGUUCCAGUUCAAUUCAACUAUAUUUACUCGUCCAUCUUGCAACUAAUUGGAACUCUGUGAUAUUUCUUUCAUGACGAUUUCUUAAUUUGUUUUCUGAGAAUAUCUGUUUUAGAAUUAGACAAAAAAAUUAAAAUAAAGUAUUGUCAAGGAUUAAUAAUAGUUUGAAUGAAUUAUACAAUAAAAACAAGUGUACUGUUAAAAACAGUUAAAUGAGUUAUCCUCAUCUUUAUCAAUCCCAGAUUUCAUUAUAUUUGUACUUGUUGGCGUCUGUUACAAGUUUUGUUGCACUAUUUUAAGAAUUUUAUUUCAUUUUAUUACCUAUUAAAAUAUUUAUUGUAAAAGAUAUUUAAAUCGAGCAUGGCUCCUAAUUUUAUCUUAAGUACCGGUAGUUUAGAUUGUAUUCUGCCCGAAAUAGAGACAUUGUAGUGACAAAUAUAAUUUUAAUUUAUUGUUAGGACUUUUUAAUUACAUAUUUUUAUAUUAUUGGUUUUGAUGUUGUGUUAGUAUUUUAAAUGCUAUAACUUAAUUAGAACUGUUUAUAGUUUUUAAGACGUUUUGAUUUCAGUUUCUCUUGUUACAUUUUUGAAUUAUACAGUUCUGCAUAAAAGCAAACUACCCCAUAUGCCCAUUUUGACUGUGGAAAAUGAUUUUAUUUUAUAUAAAAUACAGAAUCAAUCUCUGGCUAUAAUUUCAAGAGAAACAUAACACUGUUAUCCUAAACUUUAUCCCUUUAAAAAUUGAAACUGUUGUGUCCAAGCUUUGAGGUUUAGCUCAUUCAGUCAGUUGCUCAAAUUAUAAGUUCUCAUUACAGUUUG